ACCUACUGCUUUCGUUUAUCAGUAUCGCCUGUAGUGCAAGGGGUGGAAAAAUCCCAAAAGCAUUUUCUUCUGUCUUAUUCGACGUAGUUCAGAUAAAUCUGUCAAUUAAUGACCAAUCAGACUUUUUUAGAUCUAAGUGACAUCAGUCACACUGGUUUUGUACCACUGAUUUUAGAUAGUAGCCUAUACGUAAACAACUCAGAUAAACUAUAACCGCGAGUAUCUUUUGUUUUCUGGAGACAGGAGCAAUUAAUAGGAAAAGAACGGGGUGUAGAGUUCCUGGAAUAUUCGUGUAAUAUCUGCGUUGCUCCAACCCCCUGCCCUGGGAUUGUACAUCGACCAAGAGUAAGAUACCGCGAGGGAGGAAGGAGAGGGGGGACUGUAGGGCACCGCGUCCAUGACAAUUUCGAAUUGCUAGGUAGAGCUAGCUAGCUACCUGCUAUCUAAGCUAGCUACACAUCGACAUAAAGAAAGCCUGGAAAUGGGAUUUCUCUUACCUCCUUUAAAAAUAAGCUGACCCUUAAACAACAAUAAAUGCAAUAUAACAACCAAUGGUUUCGUUUUCGCACUAGUUUUUCGACGAGGACUGGAAAUUUUGCUGCAGCUUUGGACGGGCAGAAGAGAGAAAGGGUUGACAGCCGGAGAACUGGAACACAUCGCCGGCUUCCGGGGAUUCGGAGCGGCUUCAGGGAACCGCGGACGUCGCGAAAUCUGGAAAGAAGAAUUUAAACAUUAAAACGUAACUCGAAAUUGCGACCCAGUAAAUCGCGGAAUUUCAAAAUGUCCAGGAAAGUACAGAGAAGCGAGGUAUGCGCGGACUGUAGUGCACCAGACCCCGGGUGGAGCAGCAUUAACCGGGGUGUGCUGAUCUGUGAUGAGUGCUGCUCAGUGCACCGCAGUCUGGGCCGGCACAUCUCCGUGGUGAAGCACCUGCGACACAGCGGCUGGCCCCCCGCACUGCUGCAGAUGGUGCAGACUCUGGCCAGCAACGGGGCGAACUCCAUCUGGGAGCACUCCCUACUGGACCCGGCUCAGGUGCAGAGUGGCCGGAGGAAACCCAACCCCCAGGACAAAGUCCACCCCACCAAGUCAGAGUUCAUACGGGCGAAGUAUCAGAUGCUGGCGUUUGUACACAAGCUGCCCUGCCGAGACGACGACGGUGUCACCACCAAGGACCUCAGCAAGCAACUGCACUCGAGCGUUCGAACCGGCAGCCUGGAGACCUGUCUGAGGCUACUAUCCCUGGGGGCCCAGGCCAACUUCUUCCAUCCGGAGAAAGGGACCACCCCCUUGCACGUGGCGGCGAAGGCGGGGCAGGUGCUGCAGGCGGAGCUGCUGGUGGUGUACGGGGCGGACCCCGGGGCCCCUGACAUCAACGGCCGCACGCCCAUGGACUACGCCAGACAAGCAGGGCAGGUAGAGCUGGCGGAGCGCUUGGUGGAGUGUCAGUACGAGCUGACGGACAGGCUAGCCUUCUACCUGUGCGGCCGACGCCCAGAUCACAAGAAUGGCCAUUACAUCAUCCCCCAGAUGGCCGACAGAGCUCGUCCUAAGUGCCCAACACAGAGCCUUGACCUGUCAGAACUGGCCAAGGCAGCCAAGAAGAAACUCCAAGCGCUCAACAACCGUCUGUUUGAGGACCUGGCCAUGGACGUGUAUGACGAGGUGGACCGCAGAGAGAACGAUGCAGUGUGGCUGACGACUCAGAACCACAGCACCCUGGUGACAGAGCGCAGCGCAGUCCCCUUCCUGCCCGUCAAUCCAGAGUACUCUGCCACACGCAACCAGGGCCGGCAGAAGCUGGCUCGCUUUAACGCCCGCGAGUUUGCCACCCUCAUCAUCGACAUCCUGAGCGACGCCAAGAGGAGGCAGCACGGCAAAGGCCUCACCAGCCCCACCGACCCCCUGCAGCUGGGCCUGAGUAACGAUGACGACCAGCACGAUUACGACAGCGUAGCUUCAGACGAGGAGUCUGACAACGAGCUGACCACACAGAACAACAACACUCAGCGUAAUAACAGAGCCAAGAGCAUGGACUCCUCAGACCUGUCGGACGGGCCCAUCACCCUGCAGGAGUACCUGGAGGUCAAGAAGGCCCUGGCUGCCUCCGAGGCCAAAGUGCAGCAGCUCAUGAAGGUCAACAGCAACCUGAGCGAGGAGCUGAGACGCCUGCAGAAAGAGAUCUCGCGGAUGCAGAUGGAGAACAGUGUGUUGCGGGGGGGGCAGGCAGGGAGGUCUGGAGGUUCGGGAGGGGGUGGUGGGCCGGGGCUGGGGUCUGGCGGGGUGCGAGGAGCGGGAGGAGGAGGAGUGGGGGGGCCCGGUGGGAUGCUGACCGCGGGCCCCCCCCACAGGCAGCCCAGGCAGGCCUUCUCCAUGUACGAGCCCGGCGCCGCCCCCCACAAGACCCUCUCCCCAGCUCUGGACUCCCUCGCCAGCCGCCUGCACCCCAGUGUGCAGAAGGGGCUGUCCUCAGGCCUGUCCUCCUACGGUGGCCUGCACCUUUCUGGUUCCACAGAGGUGGGGAGAUACGCGACCCCAAAAGGAGAGAAGCCUGGCAGUAGCACAGACAGUGACUAUGACAACACUCAGACUUAUGACCUGUCACUCAGUGCGAUGCGCAGCAGUGAGGAUGAUAGUCGUGGAGAGCUGGAGGAGGCUGGCAGUGGAGACGGGGGGGAGCCAGACCCCACACUACCCUGCACAGAGGACGUCAUUCUGAAGACCGAACAGGUGACCAAGAACAUCCAGGAGCUUCUGAGGGCCGCACAGGAGUUUAAACAUGACAGCUUUGUGCCCUGUUCUGAGAAGAUCCACACUGCUGUCUCAGAGAUGGCCUCCCUCUUUCCCAAGAGGCCAGCGUUGGACGCGGUGCGCUGCUCCCUGCGUCUCCUGGCCGCCAGCGCGUCGCGGCUGCAGGGCGAGUGCCGCAAGGCGGUGCCCACGGACCCCGGCGCCGCCCCUGUGGACUACCAGCUCCUCACCCAGCAGGUCAUCCAGUGCGCCUACGACAUCGCCAAGGCUGCUAAGCAACUGGUCACCAUCACAACCCGUGAGAAGAAGCAGUGAGAGGGGGGAGGCACAGAGAGGGGAGGCGAGAGAGAAAAAGAGAGAG